CGUAAAAAGUAGCUUUACAGGCAGGUGUCUGUAAAGGUCAAGGUUGCUGAAAUGGCUUUCUUACAACUGAGGAAAUUUAAUUUCUUUGACAAGGAGACUGUAAAAGAUCCAGAGACUUCCCAGAUAUUUGACGGUCUUAAGGAUCUAAAUAUAUCAGCAUGUGUAAGUGGAAGAGGUCAGCUGAUCAUUGGUGAUUUUGAGGGUUCUAUCUACAUGUUGUCAAGGGAACUAAAAAUCACAUCAUUUACAGCAUAUAACAUCAGGGUAUCUCAUCUGUUUCAGAUGAAACAAAGCAACCUCUUGAUAUCUAUUGGUGAGGAUGAACAAGGUACAAACCCAUUAAUUAAAGUCUGGAAUCUAGAAAAGCUAGAAAAAGGUGUCCCAUUUGUUACUAGAAUCUGCCGAGCAAUACCAGCCAACAAACCAACCCCGGUCACAUGUUUCACUGUCCAUGAAAAUCUCAACUGGAUGGCAGUAGGAUUUGAAAAUGGUAGUGUGGUAUUGUUUAAAGGUGAUGUCAAAUCUGAUAGGCACAGUAAACAGACGGUGAUAUAUGAAAAUCCUAAACCAAUUACUGGAUUGUCUUUCAAAACUUCGGGAAAGAAUGUAAUACUGUUUGUAGUUACAGAGUCGGUGAUAUUGUCUAUUAAUGUUACAGCUAAAGAUACAGCUAAAGAUAGAAAUGUGAAUACAUUGGAUGAGAUAGGAUGUAAACUAGGAUGUUCAGUAAUGAGUGAUGUUAGUCAAGAUAAUCACUUUGUCAUUGGUCGGGAUGACGCAUUAUACUUUUACCAGCCAGAUGGUAAAGGACCUUGCCUGGCGUUUGAAGGGGAAAAGUUUCAGCUUCAUUGGUUUAGAGGCUACCUUGUCAUUGUAGGCAAAGAAAGUAAAUCAUUCCCAAAAGUGCCAAUGAUACGUUCUGGUCACAAUAUGGACAUGCAUAUAGUGACUGUUUAUGAUAUACAAAACAAGUUUAUUGCCUACACAGCACCAUAUCCAGAUGUGAUAGAUGUUGUUAGUGAAUGGGGAUCCUUGUAUAUAAUAGCUGGAGAUAGGAAGGUGUAUCAGUUACAAGAAAAAGAUACUCAGACCAAAUUGGAGAUGUUGUUUAACAAGAAAAACUAUACACUGGCAAUCAGUUUAGCAAAGAGUCAGCAAUAUGAUCAGGAUGGACUGAUAGAUAUAUUCACACAGUAUGGUGACCAUCUAUACAAGAAGGGCGAUCAUGACGGGGCUAUUGAUCAAUAUAUCAAAACCAUUGGCAAACUAGAAGCUUCAUAUGUAAUCAGAAAGUUUCUAGAUGCUCAAAGGAUUCACAACUUAACAAAAUACCUACAAGCAUUGCAUACAGCAAGAAUGGCCACAGAGGAGCAUACUACACUGCUUCUUAAUUGUUACACUAAACUCAAAGAUGUCUCAAAACUUGAUGAAUUUAUCAUGACAAAGGAUCGUGAGGUAGAUUUUAAUGUGGAGACAGCUAUCAAGGUGUGUAGACAAGCAGGCUAUUAUAAACAUGCUUUAUUCCUGGCCAAUAAGCAUCAGCUACAUGAGUGGUACCUUAAAAUACAACUUGAUGACAUCAAAGAUUACCAAAAAGCUCUCGAGUAUAUCGGAAAAUUGGAAUUUGCUGAGGCAGAGGAGAAUUUAAAGAAGUAUGGUAAGAUGUUUAUGGCUGAGAGACCACAGGAAACUACAGAAUUGUUGAAGAGACUGUGUACAGACUAUAAACCCACUGACAGACCCCUUGUGGAGGCAGUUGAACUAGAAGGAAGCCGGUCACCAGGUGAAGUGUGCAGGGCACCGGCAGAGCAGUUUAUUCAUAUAUUUGUGAAUAACUCGGCUAAACUUAUUGAGUUUUUAGAACAUAUGAUCUCUGUGUAUAGAAAUUCACCAAGUCUACUUUACAACACACUAAUAGAACUUUACUUACAUGAAAACAAACAGGCAAAUGAGAAGAAGAUUCUAGACAUUCUGAAAAAUCCAGAGGCAAAUUAUGAUUUGGACCAAGCAUUAGUACUGUGUCAGAUGAACAACUUUAAGGCUGGAAUUCUCUGCUUGUAUGAAAAAGCAAGACUGUACCAGCAAAUUCUAAGAUACCAUAUGGAUUGUGAUGCCCAUGAUCUUGUCAUACAAACUUGCAAGACUUACGGAACACAAGACACAAAUCUGUGGGUGCAGGCAUUGUCAUAUUUUUCCAAAAAAGAGAACCUGAAAAGCCAGCUAGGAAUUGUUCUUCAGCAUAUUGAUAAAAUGAACUUGCUGCCACCAUUGCUAGUUAUUCAGACAUUAGCUCACAGUUCCACGGCAACCUUGUCUGUUAUCAAGAACUAUGUUAUACGUAAACUACAGUCAGAAAAUGAACAAAUUGCUGAGGAUGAACGUCUUAUAAAACAGUACCAGGAUGAUACUGAGAAAAAACGGCAACAAAUUGAAGAAUUAAAAUCUACGGCAAAGAUAUUUCAGAAUACAAAAUGUAGUGUGUGUCAUCAUCCACUAGAUCUUCCUACAGUACAUUUCCUGUGUGAACCUCACUCCUUCCAUCAACAUUGUUUUGAAAGUUAUGCUGAGAGUGAUACAGAAUGUCCUGUAUGCAGUGUAGAAAACAGGAAAAUCAUGGAUAUGAUAAGGGCGCAGGAGCAUGGUAGAGAUUUACACGAGACAUUCCAUAACCAAUUGGAGAGGGCACCUGAUGGUUUCUCCGUAGUUGCUGACUACUUUGGGCGAGGUGUAUUUAACAAGGUUACAGUUAUCACAGACUCCCCGGCAAGACUUGCUAGCGUGGCAAACAAAUACUCCUCGUAGCACUCUACCUGUAGAUGUACAUCUAUCCAAAUAUAUUGAUUAAAGUAGUAACAAAUUGAACAAGUGCUGGACACUAAAUAACCAGACCUAUUUUGAAAUGUCUCAAUUUUAUUCAGUCAGGGUUAUGGACAAUUGUGCCACAAGUUUUUUAUACAAAAGAUACAUCUAAAAAAUAUUCAAUCCAAAUUGUCAGACAAUUAGAUAAGUGCAAUGACAUGUUGUUAGUUUAAAUUUGUGUUUUUAGUUUUGACAAUUUAAAAACUAUUUUUUUUACAUUAAAAUAGAAUAACAUGUACUACUUCAUACAUCUAUCAUAUACAUGUUAGAUGUUUUGUUUUAUAGCAAAUAAAAUGUUUGUGAUGUGAAAGAUGCAUAUCAUGCAUUUAAAUUGAGUCCUUCAAAAUGUCAAAAAUGAUUAACUUAACCAAAUAAUUUUAUUUGCUGCAUUACUUAACCUGUUCUGAAUUUUAGACUGUCCAGUGAAAAAAAUAUUUCAGGGAUUUGAAGAUCAAAAUAGUAAAAUAUCUAGCAGUUAAUAUAUAAGGUAGAUUUGUUAGAUUGCUGUAUGAUGUAAAAUAACUUAGCUUUAUAUGGAUGACAAAGACUUUCCUAUAAUAGCCAUUUGUAUUCGAGUGUUAUGUUUACACUUGUGUAAUGUUUACACUCGCUGUGUACUGACAUUACACCAACAUAUGUAUCGAGUAUAUAAAUGAGCAUAUAAAUAUAUAUGGGGAAUAUAAGAAAUCACCAAGGCAACAUCUGGCAACAAAUAUUUCUAUCCUACACAGCCUCUGUUUCCACGAAGGACAUUAUAAACUUACAUUACCAGUUGCUAGUUUGCAGCUUUAAAACCUUUGGUGCCAUGUCUAGGAAUGUUUUGAGCUAGGGCUGUGUUUAUUUCUCUUUCUAGUUCAAUAAUAUUGCUUGGCAUUCUAGUUUUGUCAACUUUAUACAGGCUAUGUUAUAUUUGGAAGCUGUUUAAUAAACACAUAUGUGCAAUAUCUAGUUAAUUAUGUUAUAUUUACAAUUUUCUCUUGUAAAGAAUUCUGUUGCUUUAUAGUUUUUUUGUAUUAAAUGCAAAAUCAUAUUCAG